AUGCCUUCUUCCAAUACAGAAAAACCGGUCCACGACCACAACCAAAGUCCGUCCGUUUCGACAGACGACUACGAAAGCGAAGUCGAAAUCGAGCCGAUCCAGAGUCGACGACAGCAGCAGCAGCAGCAGCAACAACAACACCAUCGCCACCACGAAUAUCCCGAAGUCAUCGGGACUGGCGAUGGCCUGUUGACUCCCCAGAUCUCUCGACUCUCGCAGACGAAUUCCCUCGCGCGCAAGACGACGUCUAUUGGCACAACGGGCACGACCGAUCCCAAUUUCGAGGUCGAUUGGACUGAUGAAAAUGACCCGGAGAAUCCGUGGAAUUGGCCGUUGCCGUACAAGGCAAUGUGCAUUUCUUUUUUGUCGUGGAAUACACUCGUCAUCGUCCUCUUCUCAACAAGUUACACUUCCGGCACAGAACAAAUCGCCAGCGAAUUCAACAUCUCCGAAACCAUCGUCACCCUAGGCUUGACUUUUUACCUCAUCGGCCUGGCGGCAGGAUCCGUCGUCAUGGCUCCGCUGAGCGAGAUAUACGGCCGAAAGCCCGUGUCGGUUAUCAGUCUGGUCGUUUUCAACAUCAUGAUCAUCCCAUGCGCCGUCACGCAUUCGAUUGCCGUGCUGAUUGUCUUUCGUUUCAUUGGCGCUUUUGCGGGAAGCGUGAUGAUUAGCAGCGCUCCGGGGAUGGUGGCCGAUCUCGUUCCUCACAAGAACCGUGCGUUGGCGUUUUCGAUUUGGAGUUUGGGUCCAAUCAACGGUCCAGUUCUUGGUCCCAUCAUUGGCGGCUUCGUAUCUCAAUAUCUCGGCUGGAGAUGGUCAUGCUGGAUCAGCCUGAUGCUCGGCGCAGUAGCCCUCGUGUUUUCUUGCAUCAUGAAGGAAACAUAUGCACCCGUUUUAUUGCGUAAAAAGGCUGCACGUAUGCGCAAAGAGACGGACGACUCGAGAUGGUGGUGUCGGUACGACUAUAAAGUUGCGCUGAAGGAAACUAUGAAAACGAACCUGGGACGGCCAUUUGUUAUGGCUGCUCUAGAGCCUAUCUGUAUAUUCUGGAAUCUGUACAUCGGGGUCGUGUAUGGAAUUCUCUACCUUUGCUUCACUUCAUACCCGAUUGUAUUCCGCGGCAUUAGAGGUUGGAGUCUGGGAAUUUCUGGCCUGGCAUUUCUUGGAAUUGGUCUGGGAGCAGUGCUGACUAUCGCCUGUGAGCCUCUGCUACGACGAAUGAUCCAGAGCCAUCCAAAGGACCCAGAGACCGGCGAGGUACACCCGGAAGCCAUGGUCUCCGCCGUCUGCCUCGGCUCCAUCCUGAUCCCGACUGGCGAGCUCUGGUUUGCCUGGACAUGCGCACCAGCGACAAUCCCCUGGGCCGUCCCCAUGGUCGCAGGAAUUUUCUUUGGCGCAGGAAACACGGCCGUGUUUAUCUAUGCUUCCAACUAUCUCACCCACAGCUACGGAAUCUUUGCUGCAUCUGCGCUCGCGGGCAACUCCGUUAUUCGCAGUGUUCUGGGUGGUAUCAUGCCACUAGUGGGCACGUACAUGUACAACAAUCUGGGCCCCAACUGGGCCGGCACGUUGCUGGGUCUGCUUGAAGUCGCGUGUAUCCCGAUCCCGUUUAUCUUUUGGAAAUACGGACAUAUAAUCCGGCAAAAGAGUACCUUUAUUCGCAUGAUGCAGGAAGAUCAGAGGAGGCUGAAUGGGAAGAAGAAAAUCAGGGCUUUGAAUGAUGAGGCCCAAGCGGCGGCGGAAGCUGAUAAUAAAGAUGGGGUUAAUAUUUUUGCAUCGGGUGUUAAGAGCGAUGAUAUUGAAAAGGGCCAGGCUUGA